GAUUUGGAAUUCUAUAAAACAAUGAGUAGUGAAAUUGAUAUACAUGUUCGCAUCCAUUACCAAAAAGAGGAGGAAACGCUACGGCAGCUCCUCAAAUUGGAAGAAUUGUUUAGGGAACACUUGGCACUUACCAAACGUGAAAUGCUGCUACAGAAAGAUAUGGUGAACCGUUUGUGGGUUUUGUCUCAACGUUAUGUUAUUCUAAUAAGCACAACAGGUUGUUGUAAACACCCAGAAGUAUAUUCUGGUCCUACGGAAGACAUUUUGCUACGUGAAUACUCCGAUAAACUUAAUCUUUUGCGUACAUCCAAUUGUCGCAUAUCGGAUUCCCUAAGAAAACUUCGGCAGCAAUGUAUUCUAUUUAAUUCACUACACAGUCUUCUAGAUUUAACGAUGGAAACACCAUUCAUAAUUGGCGACACAUUCCACAAACCAAUAGCAUAUUUUGUUGAGCUGGUGGACGAUUUAUUUAAAUAUUUACACGCACUGAGUGUAAAACUAAAAUACUUGAGCCAUCAGUUAGAACCUGUGGAUUUAUUGGUGCUUGAAGAAUACAAAGCAGCGUUAGAGCCAUCUGAAGACUUCGAUGAAUACUUACUUGUUGGGCUAAGUUAUUGCAAAUGUUUACGGCCAAAGCAAGUCUGUCAGUGAGAUGAAAUCAAUCACGACUAAAUUUACAUUAAAUGUUAGUAACUUGUGAUAUUUUUGUUCCUCAUAAUCCACAUAGCUUUCGAUUUGGAAUGUAAACAAAACACUUCUAGUUAAAUAAAACUUAAUCCUGGAUUCUAUAUUCAAGAAAGUAAACUACGUUUUUACUACUCAAAAACUUGUUUAUUCAUUGUUCCGCUUUCAGUAAUUACAAUCAGAUGAAUCAAAGUUGCAUAGUACCAUGUCUGCAAUUGAAAACAAAACAAAAUUGAUUACACGAAAUUUAGCAAAAUAUGCAGUUGAACUUACCACGCAAAAUGGAUAAACAGGCUUUUCUCCCAGCGCUUAUGCCUAACUAGCGAAGUCUCCUGGCUUCACGUUCAGAUUCAAGCAGGGUAAGAAUAUCACCUUCACGGACUGGUCCCUUAACGUUGCGGAUAAUUUGACGGUUUUGUUCACCGAUGAAUUCAAC